UGCAUAUCACUGUCACCUCUGCAUCAAAUUGUGUCCAUGAGUGACCAUCCCAUGGAUUAGUUCACAAAUGUCUGUAUUGAAGUCUUGUGCAGCAAUACUGUUAUCUCUUUUUGUGGUCUUAUCGUUCAAGUCAUACAUAUUUGUGUCAAAUCGUGUGAAUCUUACAAAUCGGACAUAAAAUGGAUCCAAACCUGUCAUCGACUGAGAAAGAGGCAUUGAAGCAGUUUCUGGAGAUCGUCAAUGAGAUCCGAGUGCAGCACAACACGAGUGAUAUGUCUCCGAAGACGGCCCUCAAGUUCCUGAUGGCGCGCAAGUUUGAUGUCCACCGAUCUCUCGCCUUAUAUGAAGCGCACGAAAUAACGCGAUAUCGCGAGGGUUUGGCCCAAUUUGAGCCGCACUGCCAGCCCCUGAAGGCUGAGUUGGAAACGGGAAAGUUCACUGUUUUGUUGUGUGUUGUCUAUGUGUCGGCGUAUGUCUGCUUCACUCACGCGUCUGUAUCCCUCUUACAGCCCGUUCACGACAGUAUCGGCGCAGCCAUUGCUAUGUUCUCAGCGGGAAAGCACUUCCCAAAUGAAACAUCACAUCAGACCACACUUCAAGGUGUUGUCUAUCAAAUGGACGUGGCAUUGGAAGACAUUGAGACUCAAAGAUCUGGAAUAGUAUUCAUAUAUAAUAUGAUUGGUUCCAAGUAUUCAAACUUUGACUACGAGUUGAGCCAAAAGAUAUUGAGUCUCCUGAAGGGCGCAUAUCCGGCGCGACUCAAGAAGGUGUUGAUAGUGAUGGCCCCGCUCUGGUUUAAGGCUCCCUUCAAGAUAUUGAGACUCUUUGUUAGAGAGAAACUUCGCGAUCGAGUAUUUAUGGUAAACGUGUCUCAACUCUCAACUCAUAUACCGCUCAAUGCAUUGCCCCGAGAAUUGGGCGGACAGUUGGAAGUGAAUCACAUGUCAUGGCUUUCUCGUUGUCUUCAGUCUCAGAGCAGUGAUAUCAAUGAGUUGUGUUCUCUGACAUCAUCCAAGUCUUUCUCGCUGAACACAACGGCUGCUCAAUCGGACGGUGCAAACAUGACAGACAUAUCUAAGAAAUUGUGUGAACAGACAAACAACGGGUUUAGUGAUGAUGACGAGCCCUCGUCGACCAAUAGUGAUAAGUGUGUCAAUAAUGCCAAUAAUGCCGACAAAAACGGCUCAAUAUUAUUAUCCAAUUCUGCAAACGAUCGCAACUUGACAUCAAAAUCAAACAAAUCUAAACCAAUCAUAUCUGUGCCCAUCAAUCACAUGGAGUCCGAGAGAGGGAUCGAGUCGUACAACAACUCCAACUCUAGUGAACCAAUUAUUCAUAGCCAACCAUAA